AUGCUGUUUCAUUUUACGAAUAUUCUCGUCUUUAUGACCGUAACCAAUUUGUUUGUGUACUUAAAGGGGAAUUUGGGGAACAGAAAGGGUCUGGAUGUGCUCGAAAACGUUCCGGAAAAAUUUAAAAAGGCUGUUGAAAGUGUUGAUUUUGUUGAUUUAAAUAAUAAAGAAGGGGAGGAGGAAAAGGAAGAGGAAGAAGGAAAAUUGUUAGAAAAUAAAAAUUGGGAGAAAAUAAAUAUAACAACAACUUUGAGUAGUGCUUUAAUUAGAGAGGAGGAAUUGAUAAAUGGAAAUAUUAAAAUAUUAAAUAAUGAUCAAGAGGAGGAGGGAGGAGGGAAAAUAUUAAAAUUAGAAAAUGUCCUUUAUGAAACUUCUGAUAUUAAAAAAGCAAUGGGAGCUAAAACUGUUCACCUUUCAGAACAAUUUGUUGAUGAUUCUUUUACUAAAUCUACUCAAGAAUUGACGACAUUAAUUCCGACAACAACACAAAAGACAGCAACAACACAGAAAACACUUCCAAACACAAUUCCAACAAUUCCCCUAACAACAACCCCAAAAUUAACAACAAAAUCUUUUUUAAAUCCCAGCACCGUUAAAAGUAAUUAUGACAGUCAAAAUAGAGUCCACGUAAUUCAUGUAAGUGGACGUGAUCGGUAUGAUAAUUUGCCUGUUGAACAAUUGUUGGGAAGUCCGGCAUUGAGACGAAUAAUGGAAGAAGAAAGGGAAAAAUUAAAAAAUAAAGUUGAAGAUAAUUCGGCAGAGGAAGAAGACGAGGAGGAGGGGGAGGGAGAGGAGGGGGAUAAUUUGGAUGAAGAUGAAGAAUUGGAGGAAGAUUGGGAAUUUGAAAAGAAUAAUGGAGAAGAGGAAGAGGAGGAUUUAUUUAAAAGAACAAUAAAUAAUAAAACAAAAAUUACAGAACGAAGAAGCUCUAAUUUGAGGUUCUGUAAGGAUGAUUCACCUAGCAGCAUUUAA